GAAAAAAAACAAUCACUGAGAAGUCUCAAAGAAAUAUACCACGUGAGGGGAAAAAACUGGGAGAAGAUUCGGAAUAUUAUCGUUUUUCCUAUGGUAAAACCGGUGCCCCUCUUCAGGAGAACUGAUUUCAAAUUAUUAUUAUGCAACCACAAGGAUCUCUUCUUUCUCAGGGUGUCUAAGCUGCUGGAUUGCUUUUCGCCCAAAUCAAUGUGGUUUCUUUGGAACAUUUUCAGCAAAGGAACGCAUAUGCUGCAGUGUCUUUGUGGCAAGAGUCUUAAGAAAAACAAGAACCCAACUGAUCCCCAGCUCAAGGGUAUAGUGACCAGAUUAUAUUGCAGGCAAGGCUACUACUUGCAAAUGCACCCCGAUGGAGCUCUCGACGGAACCAAGGAUGACAGCACUAAUUCUACACUGUUCAACCUCAUACCAGUGGGACUGCGUGUCGUGGCCAUCCAGGGAGUGAAGACAGGGUUGUACAUAGCCAUGAAUGGAGAAGGUUACCUCUACCCAUCAGAACUUUUUACCCCUGAAUGCAAGUUUAAGGAAUCUGUUUUUGAAAACUAUUAUGUAAUCUACUCAUCUAUGCUGUACAGACAACAGGAAUCUGGUAGAGCCUGGUUUUUGGGAUUGAAUAAAGAAGGGCAAGUUAUGAAAGGAAACAGAGUAAAGAAAACCAAACCAGCAGCUCAUUUUCUACCCAAGCCAUUGGAAGUUGCCAUGUACCGAGAACCAUCUUUGCAUGAUGUUGGAGAAACAGUCCCGAAGGCCGGGGUGACGCCAAGUAAAAGCACAAGUGCGUCUGCAAUAAUGAAUGGAGGCAAACCAGUCAACAAAAGUAAGACAACAUAGCCAGAUCCUCACAGGUGUUGUGACUUACUGGUCCCGAGCACAGUUGAGUGAUUUAUCCUUGCCAGACAUUUCUGCUCCCAUGGCUGAGGAGCAGCUGGAAGUAAGCGGAUACUUGCUCUUUGCUCUCGAACUUCUUGGUUGCAAGUGGAUAAAUCUCAACAUGUUGCACCCCCCACAAGAAGAAGACACCUGGAUAACCAGCUAAACUCAGACCAUGGAAUGCCCUACCAGAUAUGGAAUGCCUUUUUAAUAUCUUUUCUGUGACUGUGACACUUCAUGUGAAUGACAUACUUCACAAGUACACUCGAUACCUUGCCUGCUGACAGCUACCCAUAAUCCUUUUUGAGUCCUGUUUCAGCAAAAUCCAUGUGUUUCAGUUCAAUUUUGUAGCACACAAAUACUAUUGAGUAAUUUCUAGUUAGAAGCUGUAAACCUGUGCUAUUAUGGAUUUCUCUCCCCGUUUUUACAGGGCUGCUCGCUCCACUGUCUGUGACCUUUUGCGGGGAUUGUGUUCCUCUAAAUCUUAAAUGUUGCAGUUGGCUUAGUUCGGAGAGCGAUCAGGGAUUCAGGAAGCCUUCUAAACCUAUUAUUACAAAUUGCAUCAUAAAGAUUAAGAGUGUUAUCUCUGGCUCACUAUCAAUUAAACACACAUAUACGCUCUGUUCAGUGGCAGGUACUGUGCUCCUGAGGUCGGCGUUGCCCAGGUGAGAAAUGGGUCAAACACGGUCCAUGGGAAGUUCUCCACGGCAUGUGUUUGACAUCCCCCUGUAGUUUCUGUGUGUGUAUGUGUGUGUUUUAUACAUAUCACAAGCUUACUGGUAAUGGUAACAUUUGCCUUGCCCAGCGAGCAAGACCCACUGGUUUUUGAGAAAGUGGGUCCAAAGAACUCUGUAGGCCUUGUAGGCCUGAUUAAGGUUCAUUUUUCAUCUAUGAAUCCUCAUCAUUUGGGAAAAAAGGAAAAAAAAAACAACAACAACCCAAUAAUUACAACCUAUAAGAGUUGCGCUACCUAAAUCCAUUUCAGAUAGAAUCCUUCCUAUUUUUAAUGAACCGAACUUCACGCCAUCCCGGGUUCUGGCUGCAUCUCACUCACACUCGGCAGAGCAUGGGCAAGGCGGCUGUUGUGUUCUUUUCUGCAGCAGCAAUGCAAACCUUAGUUAUAAAUUAGACUUUAAUAUUUUUUUGGUGUUUAAUGACAAGUUUUUAAACUGGACACAAUAGGAAAAAAUUUUUUUAGCUCAGCAUGCUGAGUCAGGUACUGUGUAUUUCACCAGUCCAUACCGCUAACCCAGCUUGUCAGGGCCCAGGUGCCCAGUGGCUGGGAUAGAGGUGCCUUGCCAUGAUCUCAGAAUGCAGUUUAUUGAAUUAUUCUACAUAAAAUUAAAGGCAGACCAACAUGUUCAAACAUCAGGUUUUUUGGUCCAGCUGACCGAUUUGCUUUUGUUUUAUUUGCUUUCUCAAUUUCCUUUUAAAUAGCUCUGAGCUUAGGGAAGACAACUACCAGGAAAGGCCAUGAAUAGUUGACGACACAGUGAAGAAACCAUGCAAAAUGUCCAAUACUGGAGUUUCAAAAUGUUUAAUACUAACCUGUUUGGAAAUAUAUUUGUUAACUCUCUGUAUCCUUAAUAAAAUUCCAUGUUUUGUUCUCAGAAGAGUUCAUUGAGACCAAAUUGAACCUCAUUUAUGGAAACUAUAUGUGAGAUCCUUAUCUUGGCCUCUUGUUAUUUUCAUGUGGAAGGAUGACCCGGUCGCCACUUGCCCCCAUUUGCUCUGUAUUUACUGGGAAAUUAUUUUGUCACUGCUUUUUCUAAGUCUCCAUGACAACCCUUGCCCAGCAUUUAAAAAUAUUGGCCUGCUUAGCUUAUUAAAGAUUUAGUAUAAAUUUAACUGUUUAUGCUUAUUUCAUUUUCAUAUUGGAUUCCAUUUUAAUAAAUAAAAAGUUAGCAUAA